GCCGUGAUUUGCAUACCGGGAACGAGAGAGGAACAUGGUCCACUGCGCGCGCCACGUGGCAAUUACUCAGCGUAUCUACGGCCGCCAGGUCAGCAACUCCCAGGGAUGCGAUGUAAGCGACGGGGUCGAGGUUGGAAGGAAGAGGGGUCGGGUUGUCUGCCUUCCGCCUGCUCUCUGCGCGCGUGUCAAUCCCGACAGAGCUAGUUUGUGGGGAACCUGCGGAGUGCGAGGAGGCGGGGUAACGAAGGCGGCGGGCAGACGGACGGAGGGAUUACCCACGGUGGCAAGAGAAGGGUGCCAGACAGGAGGGGGGGGGGGGGAAGGGUGCCUAUCGGUAGCAGGGGUUUGUUACGGUGAAAGGCAAGGUUGAUAAUGUGGCGGCGGCGGCGGCGGCGGCAUAGGUAGGGAGAAUAGAGAUCAGAGGUCAAUCGACGACGAUUGGGGGCAACGACGGGAGAGGGAGAGGGAGAGGGAGAAGCAACCCGUCCUUGUCGCGUCCACAAUCUCGACGACGAUGGUGAACUUAACCAUCCGUCUGACGAAGCCUCCCACCUCUGCUGGCGCUCCGAGCCAGCCGUCAUUGCCACCGAAUGCGAGCGCAAGGGCGGGUGCUACUGCCGGCGCAGCCGCUAGCGGAAGCGGAAACGUCAGCGCAUCAGCAGCGGCAGCUAGUUCGGAAGCGACUAAAGCUGCGGCGGGAGGAGAUGCAGCAACAGCAGCGCUCGCUAUUGGCGGCGCGGGCGCAGCCUCAGGCACCGGCUCGGCGGACCGAUCAUCUCAAGCGGCAGCCGGCGGCGCGGGCGAGCAGUUGGUAACGAACUCCCCUUCGGCGGCCGCUGCCGCUAAGGAUGGUGCGACGAGCGCCGGCGCCGGGCUGUCGGGGUCCGGGGGGGGAGCUGCCGCACCUGAUGAUACCCUGGGGAAGCAGCAGGGGGGAAGUGGUGGUGUACCCCCUGCUGCGCCUGCAGCCGCUGGCGCCGCCUCAGCAGUGGAGGGGGGGACUGUCAAGGGAGCGGGAAAAGUCGUCGGAGUGAACGGGUUAGACAUCUGCGGAAAGAAGGUCGUUCGGAGAGCCGGUGAAAAAGUGCACUUCUGCAUUAAUUGUGAUUUCCCCAUCGCAAUCUACGGUCGGCUGAUUCCAUGCCAACACGUCUUCUGCUUGACAUGUGCACGAGCGGAGAGAACCUGCUGCUUGUGCAGAGGCCCAGUGGCGAAGAUUGAUGAACUGGAUGCGAAGGAGGGUAUGUUCAUAUGUGCUGUGCAGUCGUGUUGGCGGUCCUUCCUUUCAAAGGCGGCUUUGGAGACUCAUGUUCGGGAGCAGCAUCCAAACUUCUCGAGGGCGCCGAGGCGACCAAUGCAACCACCAACUACACCUCCCCCGCAUCUUCAGCAGCAAGCAGUUUUACCACCAGUGCAUCCAGUGGCAGCAGGCCCGAAACCACCACCACCUGUUUUCGCUUUGCCGGCCGCGCCGCCGCUUCAGGGAGUUGCCCAGAGUCAGCAAAUGCCUCCUGUCUCUGCGGUGCCACACCAACAGCAGCCACCGCAGCCAGUGCAGCCCCCCCCCCCGCCAAGCCAAGCAGUGCUGCUGCAGUCACCAGCAGAGGCAGAACCACCUACCCCAGGUCUCGCACCGUUGCAGCCAAACCCACCGCCAGUGUCAGCGGGACCUUCGCAAGGGUUGAUAGCAGUGGGACCACCACCGCCAAAUCCGCCAGUGAUGGGUUUUCAGCGACGGCGCUUUCAGCCAAUGGGUCCUGUCUUUGGUGGCGGUAGCGGAGGCGGUGGCACUAAUAGCAACAGUGGCGGUGGCAAUAACCAGGGAGGGGAUGGUGGUGGUAGUGGAGGAGGAGGAGGAGGAGGAGGCGGCGGCAUGCAUGGGCCUCCUCGGAACAAUCCCGGUGGUCCUCCUGGAGGGCCAAUGCCUGGAGCAGGUAACAUGCCUCCCGGGGGGCGACAUGGAGGCGGUGGGCCGCCAGGAAUGGGACUAGAUGCGGGACCGCCAGGGCAUCCGCAGCUUAACGAGGAUGUUUUCAGGCCACCAAUGCAUUUCAUGGGGCCCAUUGGGGCAGGGAUGUUUGGUCCCAUGGGUAACAUGCCCUUAGGGCCCCCGGGGGGAAUGACCAUGCCUAUGGGAGGUGGUGGUAUGGAUGGUCACCAAUUCCCUCCAGGCAUGUCAUUUGGACAGCUGGGUAUGCCUCCACACAUGAAGAGAGGAGGCUUCGGGCGCAUCGGGCCUGGUCCAGGGGGAGGAGAUGUCCAGAUGAUGGAUCCUCAAGGAGGUGGAGGUAACUUUGGUUGGGGGAGAGGGAGAGGUGGUGGGCCAUGGCUUCAAUAAUCUAUAGAGGAUUGUGAAUGAUGGCCUUCCUGGAGGAGCUUUCACAUCGAACAAGAAUGGCAUCUGCGUGCUCUGUCCGAGCAAAUUGGGGACAGUUACAGAACUUCCAACAACUGUAUCCAGCUUGCGACUGGAUUGGACUCCCGCAAUCUUGCUGGACCCCGAGCGAGAACAUGAAGCGUCAGAUGGAUGAGAGGGAGCAAGGACUGAGAUCGACGCGUUUGCAGCCGACAAGAUACUCCGAUCCAGCCUCGAAGAAAAGAAAAGGAAAGAAAGAGUGAGUGCCAUACUAGAAUCAUCGCGUACGGCUGCAGCCGAAUCUCUGCGACUCAUGCUCGCCCUUUCUGGACACAAUCGGAUUCAUGAGCGGUUCAAAGACGUGCGGGAUCAGCGCCUUCAUGACAAAAUGUACCAGAACCGAGCAAAACCUCCCCCCCCUCUGAGUUGCAAGGGGUCAUCCUUUCUUAGGGCUGUACUUUGUCCUGAAUGAGGCACAGAUUCCUCGUUACUUGUGCGUCUUUCGGUCAUGAAGAAGCGUCCCCUGCAGGGGAGCGAGGGACGUGCUCCCUUUUCUUUUCUGAGAAGAGAAAAUCGUUUCGCCAGAGAUGUCGGAUGGCUGCCGAAGCGGUGUAGAAACCUGUUCUGUUUUCGUUUCUGAGAAGAGAAACAUGUCACCAGAGGUGUUGUAUUGCUGCUGAAGUAGUGUCCCCUGCAGCAGAGGGACGUGAAGACCAUCUCACCAGAGAUGCCCAUCAUACGCUUGCUGCAUUGCAUUUUGGACGUGACCAUGAUCUCAACGUAUGUCACUGUGCUCUUCGCGAUCAGUGAGGCCUUUGGUUAUGCCCGUCUGUAAUCCUCCCGUUCUUUGAACGCCACAGUCGACCAGGUUCCAUGCACUAAGUUUGCCGGGCUCCGACCAGGUUCCGUUUCAGCCCCAAGGUCUGUGUGUUUGCAGAGCCACUCCUCCGCCUAGUGUUCCCCAAGCAGUGGUGUGAAGCCCUCUCGCAGCAUUGAGCGGUCCCGCCUCAAAAACAGGUUAUAGACAAGUUCAUGGCUGAGCAGUUGUGACUCUGGCGAGUCUCUUCGAGUGUCUCUUUUUUGCUGCAUCAGAUCGGGUGGGUCAGAUUGCUCGCCAGCAGGGGUAUUAACAUCAAUGUGUACUCACGGGUGCUGGCUCUUGAGGCUGAAGUCGCCGGUUCGAAUCUGUGCUUGCACGGAGGAGGACUUAGGCCCAGACGUACGGAAUCCAUACUACUGUGAGGUGAAGUCUGAUCACGAGCAGAGACGGUUUGGCUACUUCAACCACUUUAUUUUUUGCACGUGUGCCUGUUGGACUCUCAUUCGCUUUGCUGGGAAGUCUAUGCCGUUCUUUGCCGCAUGUCGUUUUGUGGGUCAGAUCGCUGCGACCCAGGGGCGUCGACGUCAAUGUCUACCUGCGGUCAUGGCAGCAUGAAGGCUGUGAGACGACGUCCGGUUUGGCUACUUCAACCACUUUUUUUUUGCAUGUGUGCCAAAAUCAGACUCGCAUUCGCUUGGCUGGGAAGGCUAUGCCGUUCUUUUGCCGCAUGUCAUUUUGUGGGUCAGAUUGCUGCGACCCAAGGGCGUCAACGUCAACGUCAAUGUCUACCUGCGGUCAUGGUGGCGUGAGGGCUGCGAGACAACGUCCGGUUUGGCUACUUCAACCACUUUUUUUUUGCUCGUGUGCCAAAAUCGGACUCGCAUUCGCUUGGCUGGGAAGGCUAUGCCGUUCUUUUGCCGCAUGUCGUUUUGUGGUCAUAUUGGCGUGAGGGCUGCGAGACGACGUCCGGUUUGGCUACUUCAACCACUUUUUUUUUUUGCAUGUGUGCCAAAAUCGGAUUCGCAUUCGCUUGGCCGGGAAGGCUAUGCCGUUCUUUUGCCGCAUGUCGUUUUGUGGGUCAGAUUGCUGCGACCCAGGGGCGUCAACGUCAACGUCAAUGUCAAUGUCUACCUGCGGUCAUGGUGGCGUGAGGGCUGUGAGACGACGUCCGACGACAAACGGAGACGGCUUGACUACACCGACCGCUCACAUGUGCCCUUUGAACUCUCUGACUUGAUUGCACAGGUCCGUUGUCACGGCCUUUCUGCAUAUGUCUCGGAAAGCACAGGUCUGUUGAUAUGGGUGAACUCUGAAGUGAGUGGCUUUGCCUUUCUGUUGCUGUCUGUGGGCCUUGCGCGGCUACACAAUACUCAAGACGCAUUUGAACGCUUUCUGGACCUGAUACAUUCACGACAUGGGACUCGGUGGAAUGCACCUGGUCUUACCGAUCGAUCGUUUGCUGUGUUCUAUUGCUAAGGUGUGCAAGAGAUCAGCGAAUCGCUUGUCAUGCGAGAGGGGGCCCCUUACGAAGGAGAGUGACGUUGGUUUCUGAGAGAUCGUCUCAAUUUGGAAGGCUGUCGCCGUCCAUGAGCUGCGGAAAGCAUCUUGAUCAGAAAUCUGUCAAAGAAAACCUUACGCCUGACGCGAGGAGGCACAUGCUUCCCCCUGACUGCUCCCGCACAGGCUUCCUUCUGAGGAGAAAAGGGGGAUAGGAUGCUGCUGUCCUCUGGAUUUUUUGAAAUUUUUGCCUGAUUUUGAGACUUGGGGCUGAGAAUCUGGUCCAGAUUUCUUGGAAUUGAACGGUGUGUUCAGCGUCGGACGAUGGUCGUUACGAUGUUCUUUGACGAUUGAACUCCCCUUUCCUUUGCUCCUUCCCUCGCCUUUCCGUUCCUUUUGUGCCUGGGCUACGUUUGAGCUGCUCUUCGUGAUGAUUUCAGGUAUGCGCGGUGUUGCCCGGCGAACAGGAUCAUCGCCGUGGUGGUGUACGGAAAUCUCGCUUGCUCACUUUCUCAUUGCCGGUUUGGGAGGAAGAGCAGGAUUGCAUGCCUGCUGUCUCUGGUGGACCCACCAAUGAGAGUGGCGCCAUUAUUGCUGCCCGCCAUGUACAUCAUUCUGGUUGUAGAAUAAUGGGAUAUCAGUCUAUGAUUCCUACCAAGUUUUCAGGUUGUGAAUAAAUGUACACUGUACAGUAAUGCAGUUAAAUGCAUUCACCGAAUUUCACUCGCGGUUGCCUGGUUUUCUGCAUUGAAUGAAAAUGCCAAUGCUGU